AUGGCUGCGAUCGUUCCUCAAAAUGAAGCUGCGCGACUGGCGGCUGAGCUGGACGCCAUGGCAACCUUCCCGUCGCAGGUGUCUCAGGUGCCGUCUCCUGCACGUGUUGGCGCUCCUGCUGGCAAUGGCGGUGGCGUCAAGCGUCCCAGUGAGCAUGGUCAUGGUGGUCAAGAAUCUAGUGGUUUCGAGAUCUGCGGGGAAGGCGACUCGGACCUCAAGGCGUACAUCGACCAGAUGCGCGACACCCUCACUCAGGACUUGUCGCAGAUGCAGACCUCUGUCAACGCCACUUUGGCUUCGACAGCGACUUCGGUCACUAAUUCAUGCACGGCACUUUCGACCCAAGUGGAACGACGGUUGGCACCGCUGGAGGCGACGGUGCGAGACCACACGACCCAGAUUGCUGAGGUUAUGGCGGAGAUCAAGCAGUUGCGCACGGAGCUUGGAGUGGCCAAGAGUUCGACACCUGCCCCACCUCCGACCUUGGCUGGUGCGAACUUCGACCGCCCGCCUGACCCGACGAUCAUUGUGCUGCGCUGCCAAUCACUCGUGUCCAAGGAAGGCAUCAGGGAGAUGGCAAAGCAUUGGCUUGCGCAAGGUGCUAUCAAUGACGACCAGUGGGAGAUCCUCGGCGAUCCGUCCAGCAAGAGGUAUCUCAUCAAAUUCAAGGGGGCGAUCAACUAUGCGAGCCGUCUGGUCAACCAAUUCCUGGGCUUGCUCAAACCCUCCCAGCAUGGCGGGGCGUGGAACAAGCUGUGCUGCGUCAACAUCGAGAGAGUUCGGAUGGAGGUAUAUGCUGGCCCUGACAAGUCCCCCUGUCAGAUCAAGCGCGAGGUCGCCUGCAAGAGAGCGAAGACCGCGUUCAACGUAUUAUGCCCUGAUCGGAAGAUCUACAUCAACCGCGAGAAGGGCGUCCUGUCGUACCAGUGGAAGGAGCUGCUGGAGAUCACGCCGCGCCUGGACGACGUCCCGAACCUGCGCUGGAAGCCUCGCAACCUCGCGGACCUGGGCUUCGACAUGGAGACGCUGCGCUCGAAGGUCACUGAGACCCUGGUUCGCGAGAGGACCCCGCCCGACCAGCGCCCGAUCCCUCGCGAGAUCUUCAAGUCUGCGGAGUAUGCCAAGUUUCUUACCUCUGCAUGGGAGGUCGCCCCGCCGUCGGCGGACAUGAGCCAGCCGCAGAUACACGCAUACCUGAAGAUGCUUAUGCGUGAAGCCGCACGACGCGCACGCGAUAGCAUUAUAGUUCACAAGCUAAACAGCAUCACAGCCAAGUUCUUGAUUGUCAGAAGCUGUGCGCGGGCGGUCUUCCAGAACGACUUUGCGCUGGCGUCCAAGCUUUUGCGUGCUCACCCCCUCGCCAGAGAGCACCUUGAUGUGCAGCCUGAGGUGCACGCUGUCUCUCUUCGGUUGCCACGAGAGUUCUCCGUCCUGUCGAGCGCCCUGCAUCAUGAAGCAGCAAAGCGGUUUCGAGUUGAAAUCCGUCGGCGAGCUGAGCGGGAGUCUGGUUGCCACCGGAGAAGCAAGUUCAAAAAGCAGCAACGUAGACUGACGAAGAUGCAGCAGCUGUGGUCCCCCUUUGACAAGCGUAUGUACCUAGCAGGUGUGCGUCUCGACAGCGGCUCGCUUGUUCGAGAGCCCCUGCAGAUGUCGCAACAGCUCGGAGCCCAUUGGCGCGAGGUCUUCACGGCGAAGCCCUUUCUGGCUGACCAGGCCGCCGACCUCUUGCAGCGCCGCGCCCCGGAGUUGCCGCAGCUAGAUUUACCGCCUCCGAGCAGCCACGCUCUUCGGAAAAUCCUGGGCCGCGUCCGCCCCUCGGCCCCUGGUCCUGAUAAUUUGCCUUGCGAGGCGCGGAAAAACGCUCCCAUGGGAAUCGAGAUCCUGACGGACAGCAUGAGGUGGAUGCUCGAAGGUUUCUCUCUUGGUGCAGACUUCAACGCUGUCCUAGCUCCGUGGCCGUCUCACUGGAAGAGCCCCCCGCAUGCGUUCUACCUCCUGGAGGCCUCCGAGGGAUUCCCGCAGAUCCCCAACCUGUCGCAGGCUGGUGUCCGAGCUCUCCAGGCCCUGAAAGACGUCCAGCACGAGUUCCCCGACAAGCCCCUGAGGAACUAUUUCGAUGUCUCAGGCCAGGUCCGUGCUGCCGACAGUUCGAUUUCUGGUCGAGCGGUCGAGCUGCAGCACCGCGUCGUAGAGCUGGCGGAGGUGCCCCGGCUGGCCGUGGCGCAGCGCGUGGUGGGCGAGUGGGCGCCGGGGCGCUGGGCCCCGGGCGUCGUGGAGGCGCUGCACGGGGACCUGUGCGACGUGCUUUACGACGACGGGCAGCGGCAGUACAGGACCCUCGGUGCGGCGGGGGCUGCUGUCCACGGACCUCCCGCGGUGGUGGCUGGAGUGCGGGGCCGGCGACUGCGGGGGGCCCGUGCAGCUCAG